AUGGGACCCAAGCGCCUUGCCGCUAUAGAUCCGCCUUCUCUGCCGCCGGCGAAACAGCCGCACCAGGAAACAACCGCGCCGGGAAGUACGCCUGAAGCCUCCGCGAGCUCGGCAUCAACCGCGACUCCGACUAGCCCUGCUUCGUGCAGUGCCCCCGCUUCGAGUCGCUUUGCGGGCGUUUUGGUAACCACUUUUAAGACCACCAGUAUGAGCGAACUUAAGUAUACUCAAGCUAGGCGCAUGUGGAGUACCCUUACGGCCCGCCUGUGGUUUCCUACUUUGAACCCGUAUGUGAAGCCGCCGUUAAAUGAGGCCAGCUAUCCAAGUGACGGCAGCGCGCUCCUUGUUUUGCCGUUUGGGGAACCCUUCGUCAGCGGGCCGUUCCAAAAGAUCAGCGCAUACGUGGCUUGUACUGACGUAAACGAUGUCCGGGUUGGGGAGGUUCAUCUUGCGUACGAUCCGGACACCCCGCCGGUUUAUUGCCAUCUUGUCAGCGACGCCGGCAGCAGUAGCAUCCCGCUCUACCUGUUUGGUGCCAAAAUAAGCGGCGCUAAUUCGCAGUAUACUCCAACCGUGUGGAUUAACGGCACCCUCACUGCUGCGGCAGUCCGACCCGGUCAGGACAUACGCAGUUUCCCUGCUCAUGUGCGCGCGUUCAUCAGCGCUACGCAGCAGCAUGCGCAGCAAACGGCAGCAUCCGAAACUAGCAGCAUGUUGUUGGCAUGGGAGCAGCGUGAGUGGCCUGGGAGUAUCACGACCCUGCCGCAGGACGGCGCACAUGCUCGCGCUAGCUUGUCUCCCAACCCCAGCGUUAGCUGCGUCGUCAACGACCGCAAAGUUCUGCCCCUUAUAUUGACGGUCAAUCAGCGGCAGUACCCGGUAUGCACCGACAGCGCGGAUGUGUUGCGCCAGCUCCCUGGAUUCGACGCUUUCUUCACGGACCUGCCGUAUGAUGACGUUGAACUCCGGUCCGCGUUUUGUGCGUCACGGCCAUUCAGCAUCGUCGGCACGGCAACUACUCACACCAUCGGGCGCACCACUUUUGUCACCGCCUUCCAACAAUAG